AUGGACUCCAGAACUGUAGGUAUCCUAGGCGGCGGCCAGCUGGGUCGUAUGGUUGUGGAAGCUGCCAGUAGGCUCAAUGUGAAGACAAUUGUUUUGGAUGCUCCCAACUCCCCCGCCAAGCAAAUUAACGCUCAGUCAGAGCAUGUGGAUGGCUCGUUCGCCAAUCCAGAAGACAUUGAAAAGAUCGCAGCAAAGUGCGAUGUUUUGACUGUGGAAAUCGAGCAUGUGGAUGUCCCAACACUGCAGAGGUUGCAGAAGACUUACCCAAAGCUGGAAAUCUAUCCCUCGCCUGAGACUAUCCUUUUGAUCCAAGACAAAUUUUCGCAAAAGGAACAUUUGAUCAAGAAUGAAAUCGCCGUGGCUGAGAGCGUAGCAAUCUCAGAUCCCUCGGAGGAGACCUUGGCUGCUGUUGGCGCCAAAUUUGGGUACCCUUACAUGCUGAAGUCAAGAACGCUGGCCUACGACGGUCGUGGAAACUUUGUUGUGAAAUCCAAAGAGUCGAUCCCAGAGGCCCUGCAAGUUUUGAGUAACAGGCCAUUGUAUGCGGAAAAAUGGGCACCUUUCGCCAAAGAGCUUGCUGUUAUGAUUGUUCGAUCCAUUGAUGGAAGGGUGUAUGCGUACCCUACUGUCGAAACCAUACAUCAGGAAAAUAUCUGCCACCUAUGUUUCGCUCCUGCUCGUGUACCUGACUCCGUCCAAUUGAAAGCCAAGCUUUUGGCGGAGGAUGCUAUCAAGUCUUUCCCAGGCUGCGGUAUAUUUGGUGUGGAGAUGUUUUACCUGGAAAAUGGCGAAUUGUUGAUUAAUGAAAUUGCCCCAAGACCCCACAACUCAGGACACUUCACUAUUGACGCUUGUGUAACAUCUCAAUUUGAAGCUCACGUUAGAGCAAUUUUAGGGCUACCUCUCCCAAGGAAUUUUGCUUCUUUGGCCACAUCCAACACCAAUGCAAUUAUGUUGAAUGUCCUUGGCGACAAGACUGAAAAGAAUAAGGAGUUACAGGACUGUGAAAGGGCGCUCCAAACCCCUGGAUCUUCUGUAUAUCUCUAUGGCAAGGAAUCUAGACCUCAAAGGAAAAUGGGUCACAUAAAUAUAAUUGCUUCUUCCAUGCAAGAUUGUGAGCGUAAAUUGCGCUAUAUCACCGGCGAGACCAAUGAACAACCAUUCGCUAGCGCUGUUCAUGAAUUAGAGACAAACAUUCCAGGGACCUCAAAAAAGCCAGAAGUGGGUAUUAUCAUGGGCUCAGACUCAGAUUUGCCAGUAAUGAGCGCUGCUUGCAAUAUUUUGAGCCAAUUUGGCGUCCCUUACGAGGUGACUAUUGUAUCGGCCCAUAGGACUCCUCACAGAAUGAGUAAGUACGCUAUUGAAGCUUCCAAACGCGGAAUCAAGGCUAUUAUUGCGGGUGCGGGUGGUGCUGCUCAUCUCCCUGGUAUGGUUGCCGCCAUGACUCCUCUACCGGUCAUUGGCGUCCCAGUUAAAGGAUCUACGUUGGAUGGUGUAGAUUCUUUGCAUUCAAUUGUCCAAAUGCCCAGGGGUAUCCCAGUAGCAACAGUAGCUAUCAAUAAUAGCACCAAUGCCGCUCUUCUUGCAGUUAGAAUACUUGGUGCUUUCACCCCAUCCUAUCAUGAAAGAAUGCAGGAGUUUUUGGUCAAACAGGAGGAAGAGGUUUUGGUGAAGGCCGAAAAGCUGGAAUCCAUUGGGUACCAACAAUAUCUGGAAAGCAAAUAA